AUGUGGCCACUGCUCACCAUGCACAUAACCCAGCUCAACCGGGAGUGCCUGCUGCACCUCUUCUCCUUCCUAGACAAGGACAGCAGGAAGAGCCUCGCCAGGACGUGCUCCCAGCUCCACGACGUGUUUGAGGACCCCGCACUCUGGUCCCUGCUGCACUUCCGUUCCCUUACUGAACUCCAGAAGGACAACUUCCUCCUGGGCCCGGCACUCCGCAGUCUCUCCAUCUGUUGGCACUCCAGCCGCGUGCAGGUGUGCAGCAUCGAGGACUGGCUCAAGAGUGCCUUCCAGAGAAGCAUCUGCAGCCGGCACGAGCGCCUGGUCAAUGAUUUCCUCCUCCAGGUGUGCGACAGGUGCCCCAACCUGGCGUCUGUCACGCUGUCGGGCUGCGGCCACGUCACCGACGACUGCCUGGCCCGUCUGCUGCGCUGCUGCCCACGCCUGCGCGCACUGCGCCUGGAGAACUGCGCGCGCGUCACCAACCGCACGCUGGCGGCCGUGGCGGCGGACGGGCGCGCGCUGCAGACACUGCACGUGGACUUCUGCCGCAACGUGAGCGCGGCCGGCCUGCGCCACCUGCGCGCCGCGUGCCCGCGCCUGGCCCUGCGGGCAGAGCACAGCGCCGCCAUGCUGCCCGACCAGCCCCCGCGCCCGCGCGCGCCCGCCGCGGCCCUCGGCAAGCUUCUGCCGCGCUAGACGCCGCCCCGUCGCGGCCCCCGGGGAAGGAGCGCAGCCUCAGACCGUCCUGGCUGCGAACCCAGCUCUUCCACCAUGCAGAUCACCACCGCAUCUUCUGAGCCUCAUUUUCCCUGUCUGCACAGUGGGGAUAAGAAAGCCUACCUCACGUUAAGAUUUUAUAUAUAGGAUAAAUGCAAGAUUAAAUGGAUGUUUGGAAAACA